GCCCACCGCCUUCCCGGUGGAGGGCGGGUGCAGUGCGCAUGCCCGCGUCCGGGUCAGCGGGUCAGCGCGUCUGACUGGCUGCGGGGCCGCGGGGACUCGCGGUAAAUGGCGCUGGUGGCGCGAAAGUUGAGUGUCGGGUGCGCAGAGCUUUCGGGGCGAUGUGUAGCGACUUCCACAGGGCUGAGUCUGGGACGCAGCUCCUUGCCCGACUUGAAGGUAGAAGUUCCUUGAAAGAAAUAGAACCGUAUCUAUUUGCUGAUGAAGAUUCAUCUGUCCAUGGUGACAUUCUUGAAUUUCAUGGUCCAGAGGGAACCGGAAAAACAGAAAUGCUUUAUCACUUGACAGCGCGGUGUGUGCUUCCAAAAUCGGAAGGCGGGCUGGAAGUAGAAGUCUUGUUUAUUGAUACAGAUUAUCGCUUUGACAUGCUCCGGCUCGUUACGAUUCUGGAGCGCAGACUGUCCGGCGGGUCCGGCGGGUCUGAAGACGCGGUGAAGCGGUGCCUCGGAAGGCUCUUUGUGGUCAGCUGUGGCAGCAGCACGCACCUGCUCCUCACCCUGCACUCCCUAGAAAGCACCGUCUGUGGCCACCCUUCCCUCUGCCUUCUGAUCUUGGAUAGCCUGUCCGCCUUUUACUGGAUAGACCGCGCCAACGGAGGGGAGAGCGUUAACUCCCAGGAGUCCGCUCUGAAGAAGUGUUCUCAGUUCUUAGAGAAACUUGCACACGAGUAUCGCUUAGUUGUUUUUGCAACCACACAAAGCCUAAUGCAGAAAGCCUCCGCCUGGACCGAAGGGCCUUCCUCGGCCGAAGCGGACUACAGGCCCUAUCUCUGUUCACUUCUCUUGCCGGUUUCCCGAGCCAAGUCACUGAAAUUCAUCUGCCACUUUCGGGUGCCUGCGUGACCUCGUCCCAAUUCAGCAACACAGAAUAAGAGGAAGAAUUUACUUCUGCCCAACAGUCUUUUGAAUAUUUGAUAACCAAUAACCUUACAGACAAAACUGUGUGACACAACCCAGAUCAUCCCCGCUGAGUUUCCUUCUAUCCCUUUCUGCAGCACUUGCCUGAAAAGAAAGCCUCUUGGGCGUUGAAGGAUCGCUCUGCAACGUGAUCGCGAUCCACGAUCAUCUUAAGUCUAAACUGAACAGCAAUACGCUGGAACUUUGGGAAAAUCUGAAUCUUAGACUAUUUUGACAGAAAUGCAGUUUAAUUAUUUCCUAUGUCCCCUGGGGCUUUAAUAAGUUGCUGAUGGCUGGCUUUCUUUAAUUAAAUGAAUUAUUUGUAAUGAA